UUUAUUUUGUUUUUUGGGGUCUUCCCGGGCGGUUUCUUCUUCAAAGGAUGUUUAGAAAUGGAUGCUUCAAAAUCCUUUGGAAAAAAGCAUGAAGAAUGGUCCCCUGCUGCACCAUCCAUUAUUUGUCAUGAGCCACCUUCUUCAUCCUCUUCAUAUGGCAAGAAAUGGAAGGAAGUCCUUGUGAAACGCAGGAAGGUGAAAAAAGCAUUGGAGACAUUUCAUAGUUUGUUUUGCAAACUAAUGUGUAAACAUAAAGAAGACCAAACUGGGGAUUUGAAAGCAAAUACAAAAAUGCUGAUGGAAGCAGCAAUGUUGAUGAAAAGCAAGCAUCAAUGGGAGAACACUCAAAAGCGUGUGGGGCAUGUAAUAGGAAUUGAUAUUGGCGAUCAGUUUCAAUACAGGGCUGAACUCAAUGUCAUUGGCCUCCAUAGGCAGUUUUCAAGUGGUAUUGAUUAUAUGGGAAUAGGAAGGAACUCAUUGGCCACGAGCAUUGUCGUGACUAAUCGUUACGAUAAUGCUAGAAAGUCUAAUGGUUCCUUGGUCUACAUUGGCCAUGGGGGAAAUCCUAAUGUAAGCAAUACUGUUUUGCUUCAAGAUCAAAAAUUGGAAGGGGGGAAUUUGGCUUUGAAGAAUAGCAUGGAUGCUAAAAGUCCUGUGAGGGUUAUAUUGAAAGUCUGUGGAAAAUCUGAGGAUAUGGUCACUAUGGUUAAAAGCAGUUCUCACUGCUCAUUUUUUUAUGAUGGAUUGUAUUUAGUGGAGAAGAUGACACAAGAAAGAGGAAAAUUUGGAAAACUUGUGUUCAAGUUUACAUUGAAUAGAAUUUUGGAACAACCUAGAACUUGUGUUGCCAUUAAGGAUGAUAUUACGGAUGAUGAUAACAAUUCAGGACAAUAUGCUUGUUUUACUGCAAGAAAGGGACAAAAACCUAGGGCUUGUGGUGUCCAAAAGGAUGUUGUUCGGAUGAAUGAUGUUUCAAAAGGGAAAGAAAAGUUUCCUAUUCGGAUGGUGACAUCAAUGGAUUGUGUUCAGAUACCCUCACACUUUGAUUACAUAGUCAAUAACAUUUAUUCAGAGGGUUUCAAGCAGCCAAUUCUAUGUGGCUGCGAUUGUACAAAUGGAUGUGUGGACUAUGAGAAAUGUCCUUGCAUUGUUAGGAAUGGUGGAAGAAUGCCGUAUGACUGUAAUAAAAGAUUUGCUUCUCCUAUGAAGUCAUCCCUUAUAUAUGAGUGUGGCCCUUCUUGCAACUGUUCCUCAUCUUGCAUCAACCGUGUCAGUCAGCAUGGUAUUCAGUUUCAACUAGAAAUCUUCAUGACAGAAUCGAAAGGUUGGGGUGUUAGAACACGCUCUUUCAUUUCCUCUGGAAGCUUUGUUUGUGAGUACAUUGGAGAAGUCCAUAACAAUAGAGAAGCUGGAUCAAGGCCAGAUGUUGAUGAACACAUAUUUAAGAUGGGUUUUGGCAAGGGCUUCAUUGAUGCAACAAGGCGUGGAAACAUUGGAAGAUUUAUAAAUCAUAGUUGUUCUCCUAAUCUCUGUGUCAAAGAUGUUAUGUAUGAUCACAAUGAUAAGAGCCUUCCACACAAAAUACUUUUUGCUGUGAAGGACAUACCUGCUGGUAGAGAGCUGAGCUAUGAUUAUAAUGGCUGCAAGGGAAAAUUUAUCAAGGUUAGGAGCAAUAUUUGCCACUGUGGAUCACGGGAAUGCAAUGGACAGAUCUAUGUUUGAGUGCAGCGAAAUGAAACGAGCUGACUGAGGAAUUUGGAAUCUUAA